AUGAACCAAGCUCCGCCAGUUCCUCCAGCGGCCGCGCUCGUCCCUCCGCCUGCCUGUGAUGCCAUCUCGACGCCCCGCUACGUCAGAGGGAUUGGGGCCCCCCAGGGUACUGGCCCUGCCGUGGAGGCGGGGAGCAGGGACCCUGGAAGCCUGGGUUCCCCCCACCUCCGGAGCCUGCAGAGGAGAUCGGGGGAGCUAGGAUCCCGGAGCAAGGCUUCCUUCCAGCUCUUGGGUGGAGUGGGAGGAGAGCAGGGGCGGCUGGGAGCUCCGUGCCUGUGUUCCUUCCAGCUCGGAAGCCUAACAGGCUCCCCCCUGAGCUGCCAUCGCUGCAACGGCACUGGCCUCACAUGCACGGGGCCCCUGGUGCCUUGUGCUCCCCUCCAGGAUGCCUGCUUCACCCUGACCUCGGAGACCCACAUUGGGGGGACGCCGGGGAAGGUGGACACCUUCAAGGGCUGCACAGCGAGGACACUCUGCCCCCCGCGCUCGUCCACGCUCAGUGCCGGUGCCGGCGUGCGCCUGCGGGGGGGCUCCGUGUGCUGCUCCCAUGAUGGCUGCAACCGGGGCGCCGUGAAAUUGCCGCUGGCCCCCGGGGUCCUGACCGGGCGCUGGUGCCCAGGCUGUGCUGUUGAAGGCCCUGCCUGCAAGCCCAAGGAGAGGGUCCCAUGCCGGGACCACGAGGACCAGUGCCUCUACGUAGCUGGUGCCAUCCACGUCGGCAGCUACAACUACAGCUAUGCCUUGGGGGGCUGCGCCACCCGUAGUGCCUGCGUCAGCGCUGUCGGUGUCUAUGAGGUCAGCGGGGUCUUCACUGAGGUCAUCAGCAAGGCAGAGUGCAGCCCUGCCCCCUCCCUCCACCUCAGCUCCACCCCCGCCCCCACCCCUACCCCUACCUCCACCCCCACCCCCACCCCCACCCCUACGGCCCCUGGGGAGCAGUAACUGUGGGGAAGCUUCCUGUGGCAACCAGCACUUUUCCCCUGGCAACCAGCAUCCAUCCCCCUGGCAACCAGCAUCUACUCCCCUAACAACCAGCUGCACCCCCUUGCAACCAGCAUCCACCACCCUGGCAACCAGCACCUACUCCCCUAACAACCAGCUUCAUCCCCCUGGCAACCAGUAUCCAUCUUCCUGGCAACCAGCAUUGUCCCCCUGGCAACCAGCAUUGUCCCCCUGGCAACCAUGGAUCCACGGUUGUGCCCUGUGCCUUGGAACCAAUUGGCUGAAUAAAGCCCUGCCCCCAGCAUGCAGGGCGGGUCAUGGAAA